GAUACGUAACUUUAUAGAGAGACGAUGCUGAGUUUUGAAGAAAAAAAAAAGAAAAUUAAAAAAAUUAAGAAAACAAACUUUAAUUGGUUGAAAGUCUUUAGACAGUCCCUGAACACUGUGGAUGCUUUGAGACGUAAUGUUAAAUGAUAAAGAUAAUGCAAACAUCUUCUUCUCUCUGAUGUAUAAGAAAAAUCAUUCCCUUUUAAUUAUUUUGAUUAUCCACUUCUCCAUGCACCUGUUUAUAUCUGUCUAUAAAAUUUAUGGAGAUGAUCGAUGAUACUAAAUCAUACACAUAAAUAUAUCCAUGAUAGACCAAAGAUUGCGGCUGAGAUGCCUCGGAUACCUUUGCUUUAUGUAAUGUGGUCGAAUAACUACAGUCUUGGCACACUAAAAUUAAGUUCUUUGUAUCCAAUCUUGUUCUUAUAGAAACCAACUACUCUGCUUUGGCUCACUAAAAGUUAACUAUUACACACACACACGAUUUUCUCUAAAAUAACUAGCGUCAUUAUCGUUAGCAUGCUAUCUGUUGUCAAAGGUAUUAUCGUUAGCUUUAUGUUCUUUUUUUAACACCCAUGGCCGUCUUCCCGUGCGACGACGGUGUGGAGAUUUUUCUCGACUGGAUAAAGAGAAAAAAAUAUUUGGUCAAUAACAUUCAUAAUCUUUCUAGACAUCAUAUUAUUACAAUAUUAUUUAAUAUCUUAGAAACCAGAUUCAUUGAACUAAUUUUACAACCCUGUCCGAGUUUGUAAAUUUUUUUAUCAAUUGACUGAAAAUUUAACCUUGUUUGAUAUGUUUUACCUUAAAUCAAGUCAGUUAUGGUUUAAGAUGUAAAUACAUAUAUAUAUAGAUAAAUUAAUGUGACAUGAGCUAGGUGCAUAUUUACUAAAUUCUUAUGUUGGAAACUUUGUUAUUGCUUCACCCAAUUGCUGAAAAUGGGCUCCACGCCCACGCCUCUGCUCUCAUUUACUCUAUAAAACCAUCUGCUCUCUUCAUAACCCGAAUAACUCGAUCAAAAUUCCCAAAGCUUUUUUUUAUUUCACCUACCUUUCUCCUCGAAAAAAAAACCCUGACUUGUUUCCCAAGUUAACUCCAAAAUGCAGCCGCAAGCAGACGUUUUCAGCCUCCAUAACUACAUAAACUCCUCGAACCCAUCUCCAUAUCCUUCCCAUUUCCCCAUAUCCCCGCCAUAUCCGAUCAACGGUCUAAACCUGAAUCCCUUCUACGGAAUUCAAAGUGCUACUAACAAUCCACAAUCCAUGAGCCUAAGCAGCAACUCGACAUCAGAUGAAGCAGAAGAGCAGCAGACGGACAAAAACAUAAUCAACGAGCGGAAGCAGAGAAGGAUGAUAUCAAACAGAGAAUCAGCAAGGAGAUCGCGUAUGAGGAAGCAGCGACACCUUGACGAGCUUUGGUCUCAGGUGAUGUGGUUCAGGGUCGAGAACUAUCAGUUGCUUGAUAAGCUUAACAAUCUCUCUGAGUCUCACGAAAAGGUUCUUCAAGAGAAUGUUCAGCUCAAAGGGGAAACAUCUGAGUUAAAGCAGGUGAUUAGUGAUAUGAAAAGUCAAAGCCCUUUCUCUUGCUUCAGAGACGAUAUAAUCCCCAUUGAAUAGAGCAUUUUUACCCCCAUGCACCGACGUUCAUAUAUGAAUUAUGUGUUUUGUACUCGGAGCAUUUUUUUAGUUUACCAAGACUCCAAGAGGAUGCAGUAAUUUUAAAAACUAAAAACAUUAGUAUUAUUGAAGAAUAUAUAUAAGUGGUGUUGGUCGGUCGGCCGGUCGGCCGGCGCGUGAGCGUCCGUGCCGCCGCCGGAACCUUUUUUCUUUUAGAAAAAUGAUAAGGUUCUUGCUUUCCUUUUAGUAGAUCGAGUAAUAAUUCCGGGAGAUGGAGGCUAUCUCAGAUCCGUCGCCGCCGGCCUUUUGUCUCCGUGGCGGGGAAGCUCCUUCAGUUCCGCCGUCAUCGGCUCUGGUUUCCGGGGGGUGAAGGCUUCCAAAGCUUUGCGUCGCCGGCUUUAGGUCCCUAGUCUCUUAGGGUUUUGUUUUAUUUCGGGUUUGUUCAUGGUUCGGGUGUUUUGUGGGUUCGUCGGAGGAGGGAGAAGUUCUCAGGCGGAAAGGGUGUCGAUGCAUGUGUUAUUUUAUUGGAGGUCGGCGGUUAUCGGUGGUGGAUGAGAUCUCGCCUCGGCGAUUGACUCUCUCCAGUUUUAGAGACCCAAGAUGGUUUGAGUAGAAGAUGGGCGGAGCUUUUGAGGUCCGGCGUGGUCGGACGAUCGGUUGUUUGGAUCGCCGGCGGUAAAGAGAAACGGUGGUGACUCGGAGUCUUCGCAACACGUGUACCCCUCGACGGCGAGGAUGGCAACACGUGGCCAAGUAUCAGUAAGGCUGAUAUGUGAGGCGGCCGUUGUCUUUCGCGUUUAGUGUCUAGGGUUUUCCUCAAGUUGGGCCCGGAAGUUUUGGCCCAAUUGAGAAAUGUGUGUUACCCGUUUGAUGUAUCUGGGCUUUUGUAUCUUAUUUUCUUGUACUGGGCUUGGCCCGUUUUUAAUUUUAAAAAACAUUUCGAUGGAAAAAAAAAAUAAGUGGUGUUGGUCA